GACUAGUGGAAUAGAUCCAAAAAGCACACACAUACACACAAGUACAAUGGUCGAGUCCAUGGUCACCUUUUUCCUCAUCUUCCUCUUAGCCAUAGGAACCCAAGGUCAAACCUCGGAUGAUGUGAGUUGGGCCAAACGUGUAGACACAGGUUCACAAGUAGUCACAACCAUGCAAUUCUACUUCCAUGACACUUUAAGUGGAAGCAAUCCAAGUGCAAUCCAAGUGGCUCAACCGCAGUCAGGCAGCAACUCACUCGGAGGGUUUGGUAACCUAAUGAUGGUGGAUGACCCGUUGACCGAAGGACCUGACAAGAACUCCAAGCUCAUUGGACAUGCUCGUGGGAUGUAUGGUCAAGCUGCCCGAAAUGAGCUUGGGCUGAUUAUGGUUUUAAAUUAUGGUUUUACUGAUGGGAUAUAUAAAGAUAGUACGUUCAGUCUUUUGAGUUUAAACCCUGCUAUGCAGACAGUUCGUGAGAUGACGAUAGUUGGUGGUACUGGACUUUUUCGACUGGCGCGUGGGUAUGCGUUGGCUCAAACGUACUCGAUUAAUUCUAGUGGUGAUGCUGUUGUAGGGUACAAUGUCACGAUAUCUACUUAUAUUUAAGUUGUAACCUUUUUGUUAAUGUUUGUUUUUAGUGUCCAAUGUAUUUGAGAUUCUUAUUUAGAUGUAUGUUGUUCAUUACAUUAUCAAAUAUUUAAUAAAUCGGUAAUAUAUUAGAAAGUACAA